CAAUGGAAUGACAUUUGCGCAGAUUAAACGUCAAAAUAUAUCAAACGUUUAAUUUAUCUAUUUACAACAAAAAGUGUAAACUUAUCGAUAUACAAAAAAGAAAAAAAAGCGCAAGAACGAAAUUUCUACUUACAUUUAUACGAUUUCCACUCGCUACCUUCGAGAACAUCACCCAUUUUCAUAAAGUAAACAAAAAAACCAGCCACAGCAAUCUGUUUUAAGACAAAUUUGUAUUAAAAAUGCCAAUGGAAAAUGUGGAACAACCUACACAAGACACCCAAAAAUCAUCAAUGGAAAUCCUUUCCGAGUUAUUCGGAAGUUUUGAUGCCGACCCGCCGGUGAUUGUUAAAAAGGAAAAAGGUGAAGAUAAGAAACACAAGAAAAGCAAAAAAAAGCAUAAACACAAAGAGAAAAAGCACAAAAAGAAAUCAAAAAAGAGAAAGAGAUCCGAUAGUGAGUGUAGUGAUAACUCCGGUAUUGAUAUAACCGGGUUAUUAAUUAAAAAAGAGAAAGAUAUUGACAUUAAAAUAGAAAAAGACAUUGAAGAGAAGUGCUCAUCCAUUUACGAUGCAACAAUUUUAGCAAUUAAAGGAAAAGAAAUGAUUGAAAUUGAACCUAAACCUAAAAAAGAAAAAGUUAACCACAAAAAAGAUAAUAGUAAAGAUUGUAAUAAAAAGAAAAAAAGGAGUAAAUCCCAAGAUGAUGUUAAAAGAGGAAGGAGUAAAGAAAGGUAUCGAUUAAGAUCACGUAGUAGAUCAAUCGAAAGAAAAUCAAAUAAACGAAAAAGAGAAAAAUAUAGUCCAAGACGGGAUCGAAAAGAUUACGAAAAAAAACGAUCAUUUUACGACGAUUUUUAUGGCAAAGAUGAUAAAUAUUCUAAAACCCAUCAUUAUAGGAGUUACUCAGAGAAAGAAAAACGCCCCAACAGAGAUGAAACUUCAUUAUCAUCACAUAUAGAUAAAAAGAAAUUAUUAGAAAUUGCACGAAAAAAUGCAAUUCAAAUGAUGAAAUCGGGAAGUUUACCCGGUGCUUUAACACUAGGACCACAAGCCCAAGAAAAAGUUAUUGCUGCCAUUAAAUCAGGAGGAAAAACCGUUGAGGAAUUAACCGAUUUUUGUAAAACUUUAUCACAAAAAGAAGAAUUAGGUGAACUUUCCAGUGUCUCAGAAGAUAACGACACUGAUUCUGAUAGUGAUAAACAGUUUCACCACCCAUUUUUAAUUAAAGAAAGACCCAUUUCUAUCACCAUGAACAUAAAGAAUUCGGUUCCAUUGCCGAUUAAAAAUUCUCAAGAACGUGCUUCUGAAUUACGGAUACAAUUUCCAGUUAGCAGCGGACAACAACAUCGAAAAACUGAAAGCGAAUGGGUACCUGUUUCACCGAAAAAAACAGAAUCAACAACAACGACCACAACAACAACUAUAACUAUAGCAAGUGUUUCAAGUAGUAAUAUUUCAAAACCAACUCCACCUAAAACAACGAUUGUACAAAAACCUAAAGAAACUUUAACUCAACCUGAAGUAUUUAUUAAUAAUACACAAAUGGAGCAAAAUAUUGAUGUAGCAUCAAUAGUUAGUCAAAGGUUAUCUGCUAUGAGAAAAUUGCAAGAAAAUCCUCAUGAUGUCCAAGCGUUAACUUCAAUGUAUAAAGCACAAAAAGAGAUGAAUAGUUGGGCUGAGAGUAAACAACAAAUUGGACAAUUUACCGGUUCAACUGGAGCACAAAUUUUAUCACAGGCCGAGUUAUCAUCCGGGUAUCAAGCUUGGGCACGUAAGGAUCAGCUACAGACCGCUGCUCCAGUAUCUGGUGGGAUGGGAAUGCAUUUGCUUCAAAAAAUGGGUUGGAGACCAGGAGAAGGACUUGGAAAAGAGAAAUCAGGUACAUUAGAACCACUUUUAUUAGAAGUUAAACUGGAUAAGAAGGGAAUCAUCGCCAAAGAGGAUCAUCAGAAGAGAAAAAGCAUUAAAAACGUUCCUAGUAAAGGAGGAGGAGCAACUUCAUCACAAGUUGUUUUACAAGGAAAACAUCCCGUUUCACUUUUAGGUGAAUACGCUUGCAAGAAUAAAUUGGGUAUUCCCCAAUACGAUUUAUGUUUCGAAUGUGGACCAGAUCACAAGAAGAAUUUCUUAUUCAGGGUUAUUUUAAAUAACAUCGAGUACAAACCGCAAAUAGCCAGUCCAACUAAAAAGGAAGCGAAGGCGAACGCCGCUUUGGUUUGUUUGCAACAGUUAGGAAUCUAUCCUAAUCAAAUGGUGCAACAACCAGAAAUCAUUGUGCAAAAUCCACAAAUAUUGAGUCAAGAUCCGCAAUUACUUAUGCAUCAACCUCAACAACAUUUUCAAAUUGAAUAGUUGUAUUAAAUAAAAAUUAAAAGGAUGUGUGGACAUAUUAAUUUAAGAUGUUGUAAAAUAAUGAAUAAAUUGUUUUAAUUUAGAUUUUAUUUGCUGGUAUCAAGAAUAAAAUGAGUUGUUUUUA